CGUCUCCACGGCUGGGCCUUCGCAGCGGCAGCGCCUCCGCUUCCCUCCCCACCCGGCGUCGUCCACGCAGCCUCCGAGCGGAGCGCGAGGCUGGAGCCGCUGAGCGGCGCUGGGCCCGCGAGCCUCCCGACGGCGGCUGCUUAGAGACGCAGGCAGACGCUCCCUCCCCCGGCCGCGGCCGCCGCGUGGUAAAUUCCAUCGGAGAAGCGGCGGCGCGAGCGCUUUGCUGAGUCACAGAACCGGGAGCGAUUGCCGCCGCCGGGCGGAGUGCGGCCGAGCCGAGGGCGUCCCGGGCGGAGGAGCCUCCCCGGGGCAGAGGCGCCCGGGCCCCAGGGGCUGCGGGAGUGGGAGGAGACGUAGACUCGCUGCCGUGAGCACAGCCCAGCGCAGACAGCGGCCCGCCCGGGCGCCCGCGGGCCACCCUCACCAUGUCCAAGAAGGGCACGGGCAGCCGAGGCAAGGGGGACAGGGCAGAGGCCCUCGCAGCGCUGCAGGCCGCCAACGAGGAGCUGCGGGCCAAGCUCACCGACAUCCAGAUCGAGCUGCAGCAGGAGAAGAGCAAGGUCAGCCGGGUGGAGAGGGAGAAGAACCAGGAGCUCAAGCAGGUGCGGGAGCACGAGCAGCACAAGAACGCCGUCCUGCUCACGGAGCUCAAGACCAAGCUGCACGAGGAGAAGAUGAAGGAGCUGCAGGCCGUGCGGGAGACGCUGCUGCGGCAGCACGAGGCCGAGCUGCUUCGGGUCAUCAAGAUCAAGGACAACGAGAACCAGCGGCUGCAGGCGCUGCUGCACGCCCUGCGCGAAGGCGCCCCCGACAAGGUGCGCACGGUGCUGCUGUCCGAGGCCAAGGAGGAGGCCAAGAAGGGCUUCGAGGUGGAGAAGGUGAAAAUGCAGCAGGAGAUCUCGGAGCUGAAGGGCGCCAAGAAGCAGGUGGAGGAGGCGCUCACCAUGGUCAUCCAGGCGGACAAGAUCAAGGCGGCGGAGAUCAGGAGCGUGUACCACCUGCACCAGGAGGAGAUCUCCCGCAUCAAGAAGGAGUGCGAGCGGGAGAUCCGCCGGCUGAUGGAGGAGAUAAAAUUUAAAGACAGAGCAGUCUUCGUGCUGGAGAGAGAGUUAGGGGUUCAAGCCGGGCAUGCUCAGAGACUGCAGCUCCAGAAAGAGGCUUUAGAUGAGCAGCUGUCCCAGGUCAAAGAGACAGAGCGGCACCUGGGCAGCCCCAGACGGGAAGUUCCUCAGGCCAGCGGUGCAGGAGACGCCUCAGACCACUCGGGAAGCCCUGAACAGCAGUUGGACGAAAAGGAUGCUCGGCGCUUCCAACUUAAGAUCGCGGAGCUGAGCGCCAUCAUCCGGAAGCUGGAGGACCGCAACGCCUUGCUGUCGGAGGAGCGGAACGAGCUGCUAAAGCGCUUAAGAGAGGCCGAAAGUCAGUACAAGCCCUUGCUGGAGAAGAACAAACGCCUGACUCGGAAAAACGAGGACCUGUCUCACAGUUUACGUCGGAUGGAGAACAAGUUAAAGUUUGUCACUCAGGAGAACAUAGAGAUGAGGCAGAGGGCUGGGAUCAUAAGGAGACCGAGCUCCCUGAACGACCUGGACCAGAGCCAGGACGAGAGGGACGUGGACUUCCUGAAACUGCAGAUCGUGGAGCAGCAGCACCUCAUCGACGAGCUGUCCAAGACCCUGGAGACGGCGGGCUACGUUAAGAGCGUGUUAGAGCGUGAUAAGCUUUUAAGAUACCGGAAACAAAGAAAGAAAAUGGCAAAACUGCCCAAGCCGGUUGUCGUGGAGACCUUCUUUGGCUACGACGAAGAGGCCUCCCUGGAGUCUGACGGGUCUUCCAUCUCUUAUCAAACGGACAGAACGGACCAGACCCCGUGCACCCCCGACGACGACCUGGAGGAGGGCCUGGCCAAGGAGGAGCCGGAGCUGAGGUUCCGGCAGCUGACCAUGGAGUACCAGGCCCUGCAGCGGGCCUACGCUUUGCUGCAGGAGCAGGUCGGAGGGACGCUGGACGCAGAGCGAGAAGUUAAGACCCGCGAGCAGCUCCAGGCGGACGUGCAGAGGGCGCAGGCGCGGAUCGAAGACCUGGAGAAGGCCCUGGCUGAGCAGGGGCAGGACAUGAAGUGGAUUGAAGAGAAGCAAGCGCUCUAUCGGAGAAACCAGGAGCUCGUGGAAAAGAUUAAACAAAUGGAGACAGAAGAGGCUCGGUUAAAACACGAGGUCCAGGAUGCGAAAGACCAGAACGAGCUGCUGGAGUUCCGGAUUCUGGAGCUUGAGGAGAGGGAGAGGAAGUCUCCGGCCAUCAACUUCCACCACACCCCCUUCGUGGAGGGGAAGAGCCCCCUGCAAGCGUACUGCGAGGCCGAAGGCGUGACGGACAUCCUGGUCACGGAGCUGAUGAAGAAGCUGGACAUCCUGGGCGAUAACGCCGUAAGUAAUCUGACCAAUGAGGAGCAGGUGGUUGUCAUACAAGCCAGGACGGUCCUGACUUUGGCCGAAAAGUGGCUCCAGCAGAUCGAAGAGACGGAGCUGGCCCUGCAGCGGAAGAUGGCAGACCUGGAGAGUGAGAAGGAGCUGUUCAGUAAACAGAAGGGCUACCUGGACGAGGAGCUGGACUACAGGAAGCAGUCCUUGGACCAAGCGCACAAGCACAUCCUGGAGCUGGAGGCCAUGCUGUACGACGCCCUGCAGCAGGAGGCCGGGGCCAAGGUGGCCGAGAUGCUGUCGGAGGAGGAGCGGGAGAAGCUCAGGGUGGCCGUGGAGCAAUGGAAGCGCCAGGUCAUGAGCGAGCUGCGUGAGCGGGACGCCCAGAUCCUGCGGGAGCGCAUGGAACUGCUGCAGCUAGCACAGCAGAGAAUUAAGGAAUUAGAAGAAAGAAUAGAAGGUCAGAAGAGACAAAUAAAGGAACUGGAGGAAAAGCUCCCAGAGCAGCCAGAGCCCUUUCCUCCAGCUGGACCGGGGAGCAGUGGGCGCCCGGGCAGCCGCAUGAGAUGCCACGUCUCAUCCUCGAAGCCCCGAGAGGACCUGGCCUCUGCGGACCCCCUCCCACCCAGGAGGAGGGAGAAAGGGGGUCUUUGAGCACCUCUGAUGGGGGCUGUCCACUUCAAUGAGCUGGAGUUAGGACUCGCUCUCUGACCGGGGCUCCCUGAAGAGGCCUGGACUUGGCUGCAGGCCCUGGGCACCCUCCUGGGACACAGCCCCCUGCCCCAGACCCCUGCCAGGCAGCGAGAGAGCCGCUUCUGUGCUGGAGCCCCGCACCCCUGCCUCCUUCGUUCCUUUAACAACCGAAACGUGUCUCAAAGGAAGCUUCUCAGAAACACCUUGGGCGCCGGCAAAGUGACAACGAAGCUGCCACCACGGGGAAACUGGGGUGGCUCCCGGGACCAAGGACGGAUUCCCCCGGGGGCCCCGGAGGCCUUCGCUUGCGGGUCCUGAGUGCCUGCUUGGCUGCCGCGUCCUGCCGUCCUUCCUUGUUUGUGCUGCUGCGUCCCUCCUGGGAACAGAGCCCCGACUGCCACGGUGCCACCAGCCUCCCGCCCUGAGCCUCCCGAGGAGCCGGUGGGACCCACCAAAGGGAGGCCUGCGGAGCCUGGAGGUGGGACGAGAGGGACAAGCGGACUGGCAAAGGACCUGACCUCGUCAGAGACGCGGGGCCCUCGGGCUGCCAGUGAGCCCAGCGUGGCCGAAGCUGCCCAGUCCAGAGCCCCGGCCUCCGCACUCAAGGGGCAGCGCCCGGCCAGGGUGACAGUGCACCGCGGUUCCGCAGGUGUGAGAAGGGGCCCAGCGCCCAGGUGGCCAGCAGAGGAGAAGCCGCGCCGCUGGAGCCGGUAUGGAGCGUGACUUCCGGUCCCGCGGAGCGUUGGGUCCACAGCCCAGGAGAGCCUUCCGGCUUGGACACUCCCUGCCUCUCGGGUUGGAGGAGGUUCUUCUGCUGGCCUUGUGCCCUUGGGGAUCUGAGGUUGCCCCCUCCGUGCUGAAUUUGCAAGGGAUGCUCGAGUCUGUGUGUGUCCACGCGUGAGUCUGUGUGCGUGUGUGCACACGCGUGUGCUCAAUCAGAAGAUGACACACAGGAUUUAGCUCUUUCGAGGCACUUAGAAGUUGGCCCGCUGGGUAAUGAGACGUGCAGCCACGUGGGGACAUGACAAACCUUGUAGGAAAGGAAGGUAAACGGCUUUGCCCGGCGGCUGAGGGACGUCCGCCUGCGGUGUCCGGCAGUGUUAGGCUCAUGCUGUACUUGUGUUGGGAGGAAGGUUCGACUCCCGUGCAGAUGACAGCGGCGGCCGGGCCAGGCUUGAUUCCCGAGGAUGGAUCAGGAGGAAGCUUAUAGGAUCAGACAGAUCCGCUUUGUCGCGGGUGCAGGUUUUCCGCUGGGCAGCGGGCCGUUCAUCAGCUCUCACCCAAGAAGGACGUCCUUUCUGUUGUCAUUAAAGCCACAGUUACUAAUUCAUUUGGACAAGAUAGGGGGCCGGUUCGCCGCUCGUCCAGCUGAGUGCGAUGUCAGGGUCUGUAUCUCGAGUGCGAAAUCCUGUUUAAUCCUCCCUGCAUACCUUCAUCUUGUUCCAAUGACUGCAUCCUCUUGGCACAUUUGUUAUACUCAGAACCCAAUGGCAAACGGUGGUCUUGCGUUGCUAAAAGCCGCCAAGGAGCUAAACUCCUAGAUGGAAGCCUGGUGGACCGUAUGAGGCAGGCGUCCAGAAAAUACUCCUUCGCUCCGGCACUCCCUGCGGGCCUGCCUGGUCCCUGCGUGCUGCCUCGCAUCAGCAGCUAUGCGGUUGGCCAUUUCAGAUAAAAAAAAAAAAAAAAUACGCGCGUUUGAAACCGAAAUUCACAUCCCUCAUGUUUAUCUGGGUCAUCCUGGUUUGCAUGUUGUGCGUAUGUCUGCAGGCCUUCAAAUGCCCGCCCCACACACCCCAGACACGCUUCAUCACGGCUUUGUAAUUAGAAUGAGAAAGGUCGGCUCUACAGGAAAGAGAAGCAUGUGAACGUGUGCCAUGCUCAGGAAGCUGGACUUGUCUAUGUCAAAAGGAUGAGCGCUGGAAAAAGAAAAUGGGUCAAGGAAUGGCUUAAGGAACAUGCCCCCUGUACUAGACCGCAUUUGGAACCGAGGCUUCCCCAAAGCACGCAUUUAGUUGCAAAGCCAGUUCUUCUCCUUAGACGCUAUCGUUUUUUAUUCAUGUAUUGUAGGUACCUUUUUUUCAUCCGAUUACAAAACCCAGCAUUUUAGGACUGGGCUUUUGCAAGAAAAGGGAGGGAGGAGGGGAGAAAGACAGAGAGAAGGAAAGAGCAUCUGUCACUGAUUCCCGCUGGUCCAGCGAUCAUCUGAGGAAUUCAAGUGUUUUAAAAUAACAAGUGUUUUCCAAAUCCUAGAAUGUACCUUUUAUUCAUGACCAGUGGGCUGGAUUGAAUUUCCUACAAGGAUUUGGGCUUUUUUUUUUUUUUUUUUUUUCCUGCUGGCUCUUUAAACAGGGGAGGCGUGUGUGUGGAAGCAUGUUCCCUAACAGAGGAGGGGCCCGGAAAGGCGGACACACCGGGACGUCUGCUGUGUAACAGGGAGACGUACACAGCGUAACGGUUACCGCCGUCGUCACUGUGUACACAAGAGACCCACGACAACACAACUGUUUUCAAUUGUCUAAACCACAAAUCCAUGUGAGUCGCAGCUUCCUGGUUGACAACACGCGUGCCACGUGUGCGUGCCUCGUCUCCGUGGUCUAGGACUCUAGUUGCUGAAGGACGGUGGCUCUUCCUUCAUGUGCUCUGCCCGCGAGGAACCUGUCGCCUUCAGGACACCCCGAGUGCCUUACAGGGCGUGUGAGCACCAACGCUGGCCGUCAGGAGGGCGGGUGUGCAGGACUGCAUUUGACACCCGUCUACACGGACCGUCACGGCGUCGCGGACCUUAAGGUGGAUUGUGUGUUUUAACACAGUCGUGGAUUUACGUUUAGGCUCAGGAAAAUCAAGCUGUAAAUAUAUGUAUCAAAUCAUAUAUUUGUUUACCGUCUAUUUUCUAAAAGCUUUAUUGUCAAUUUAUGCAAAAAUGAAUUAGGACUUGUUUUCUCAUGGCCACGUGCCAGGCCGUACCUGUGUUCCUGAAGCAACUCCUUAAUAACCACUCUUGAAACAUGCGAUGCUCCGUUCAGUGCUAAACAGUAUUCAGAGGCCCGAAAGAGGUUUGUAUGGUGAUCAACUACAAAAUUUUACACAUAUUUUUGUAUUGUGAUUCCUAUGAUACAUACCAGAGAAUUUUUUACUCCUUUGUAAAUUACGGUACCGUUUUUAAUAAAAACUUGUUUUAAAUCUUA